AUGCUGUGGCUGCUGGUGGCGCCGCUGGCCCUGGCGUUUGCCUACUUCGCGUUGCUGGAUGGCUGGUACCUGGUGCGCGUGCCGUGCGCCGUGCUGCGCGCGCGUCUGCUGCAACCGCCGGUCCGCGACCUGCUGGCCGAGCAGCGCUUCGCCGGCCGCGUACUGCCCUCCGACCUGGACCUGCUGCUGCACAUGAACAACGCGCGCUACCUGCGCGAGGCCGACGUGGCGCGCGCCGCGCACCUGACCCGCUGCGGCGUGCUCGGGGCGCUGCGCACGCUCGGGGCGCGCGCCGUGCUGGCCGCCUCGUGCGCGCGCUACCGCCGCUCGCUGCGCCUGCUGGAGCCCUUCGAGGUGCGCACCCGCCUGCUGGGUUGGGACGACCGUGCCUUCUACCUGGAGGCGCGCUUCGUCAGCCUCCGCGACGGCUUCCUGUGCGCGCUAUUGCGCUCCCGCCAGCACGUGCUGGGCACCUCGCCGGAGCGCGUCGUGCAGCACCUGUGCAAACGCAAGGUAGAGGCCCCGGAGCUGCCCGAUGACCUGAAGCACUGGAUCUCCUAUAACGAGGCCAGCAGCCAGCUUCUCCGUGCUGAGAGUGGGCUCAGCACCGCCACCAAGGACAAGUGACCGCCACCUCCACGCCUGCCCGCCAGCGCAGCCUGGGUCCUGAGCCCGCAUGGCCAGGCCCCACUGACCAGUACCGCCCUGGCCAGGCAGAAGGCCCAGCCCUCGGGAGGGCCCAGCAGCCCCAGUGGGGAGGGCCAGUGCUAGAGCCGAGGGACCUGCAGAAGGGCCGCCUUCGGGGGUGGGGGUGGUUCUAGACAAGGGCGGAUCUGCGUGUCUCACAACCGGGGGCCUGACCAGGAGCUCUCGUUCCUAUCUGAGGAUGGUGAAGAGUUCCUGGGGUGAUUUCUGCAGGUGAGGGGGCAAGCUCAGGGUGUAGGCUAGAAGGGGGCUCUGGCCAGUGCCCUUAAAGGGACUGUCCCCCAGCACUGGCUCUUCUGCUCCAGGCAGGCUCCUGUGAGGACAGAGCAGGUAGCUGGGGACAGUGGCAGGCCACCUGGGGUCAGGCCUGCUUCACCAACGGCUGAGGAGGGAGUGGCGCUGAGCACCAGGCCAUGCUGUGUGACCUCAUGCUGCCCCCUCCCCCUCUAGGAGCUACCAUCUCCCCCUGCCCAGCACCCGCCUUCUCCCCACUACUGUUUUCUGCUCUGAAGGGCUGCCCCCCGGAUGGGAUGGGGUGGAGGCAGUCUUGUAGGCCCUAUGUCCUGCCCGGCAGCUGCUCUCAUCUGCCCAGAGGUGAGGGCAGACUUUGGGCUGGCAUGCAGGGCAAGAUGGGCCCCAGGUGCAGCCCCCAGCCUGGGGUGCUUCCCCAUACCCUCAGCUCCUGGGGAGGGGACUCAGAAGUCCCCAGGGUGGGGUUGCUGCAUGGCUGUGUACGUGAGGCUGCUCAGGGCUGCAUGCCACCCUGCCUCUGCCCUCCCCGCACUGGACCCCAGGCAGGGCAGAGCCCCGGGAGCCUCAGGGAGUGCAGAGCCUCAGCCGGGCCCUUUCCGCGCCUGCCCCCAGCUGCUGCUGCCUUAUACUCGCCACGGGAAAGCUGCAAUCUUUGUUUAUUUAAAGAAAGUCCAAGAUUAAAGGAUUUUAAAUGGGA